AACCAAGUCUGCGUAUUGAACAAGCCAGAAAAGUAUUUGUUGCUAGAACUGGUUCAUAUUGCCUAACCCAGGAUUGUUUGCCUCCCUUAUCAUGCUUAUAUUUCAAAAUGGAUAGUUGUCCAAGUAACUCUUCUGAAAAUAUUCCAUGGCAAGCAACCCUUGAGGGAAUACUAAGUAAUUUGAAAGGAGAAUUUCUAUCUGCCAUCGACACAAAUGCUUUGAAGCAUCAGCCAGUAUCAAAAAAGUUAACGCCUGAAGCUCUCUUUAUGUUAUAUAUCAUCCUCAUCUUUGUAAUUCUUACCAUUAUUGGAAGCUCAAUCAGUGCUAUUGAGCUUUUUUGUAAAAAUUUUGAAAAAGAAAUCAGAUCUCUGAUGAUUGAUGGAAACGUGAAAUCCUCAAAUACAGCUGCAUACACUGACAUCAAAAAGAAAUCCUUUGAGCCUUCAGUCUGUACAGGUACUAAAUCAAGAUACAUGAAUAUUUAUAAUGCCCAGCAAGUAAUGCGAGGCGGAUUUCAUUUGGCUUUCGAUCUGAUACUACUAAAUGAUGUUUGGAAAAACUGUAAAAAAUAUUUCGAAUGCUUCAGCAUUCAGAACAAUUGCAGAAAACUGCUAAGCACGGUUUCUGGAGAAGAACAUCUGAACUUUCUUCAUGGAAUUAAAACAUUUGCUCUUUAUUGGGUUAUGCUUAGUCAUAUCAACAUGUUUUAUGCCACUAUUUUAAGAAAUGUGACUGCAGAAUUUCAGCAUUUUUUGGAAAUGCCACACACUCAAUUUAUUGUAAAUGGGAUUUUUUCAAACGAUGUAUUUUUUGUUCUGAGUGGAUUUUUGAACGGAUAUAUGUUCUUUGAUUACUAUAAGAAAAGAAACGGCAAGAUACCAUGGCUUUCAUUUUAUGUCAGUAGAUUUUUGAGGUUUACACCUUUGUAUCUUAUUUUACUGGGGUUUUACGCAACCCUGUUUCCUUACAUUGGUUCUGGUCCCAUAUGGCCAACAUAUCAGACGAACCCAUUAUGUAAGGAAAACUGGAUUUGGAAUGUUCUUUAUUUAAACAACUUUCAAACGCACAAGACACAGUGUAUGCUUACAACUUGGUUCAUCGCAUGUGAUUUGCAACUUUAUAUAAUUAGUCCCCUAUUUUUACUUCUCUUAAUCAGGAGACCUAAGAUGGGAUUUGCACUUAUCAUUGCGUGUAUCUGCGGGUCGUGCCUCAUCUCAUUCAUGCUGACAAAACACUACAAUCUGAUCGACGGUGCUUCAAAACUUUCUUUUCAUACUCACGAUAUGAAAACCUAUUAUGGUCGAUUUUGGUUAUAUUUUGAUAUGGUAUAUGUUAAACCCUAUACGAGAAUAGGUACCUACCUUAUUGGAAUCGCACUUGGAUAUUUUGUAUUGCAAAGGAAAUAUAGUGGAGUCAAGAAAAGCAGUUUGAUCACACUGUGUGUCGGAUGGACGCUAGCUUUUAUAUGUUCAUUCAUUGCAUUCUUCGCCAUUUACAACAGAGACGAAUCAGACUUGGAAAGAGCUCUCUACAAUGGCCUGAAACAUCUUCUGAUGUCUUGUAGUAUAUCGUGGAUUAUUUUUGUUUGCUUUACCGGACAAGGAGGUCUUAUCAACUGGUUCCUUUCACUUCCAAUCUUUGUACCUCUUUCUCGUCUUUCAUACUGCAUCUACUUUAUUCACAUAAUGGCUAUAGAAAAGUACGUCCUUUCAAUUGAUGAUUUGAAAGAUUUUUCGUUUGUAUCAUCAGUAUGGAUUAAUUGGCAACUCACACUUGAGACAGUGUGCGCCUCAUUCAUAGUCUCCCUUAUUUUUGAGAGACCUCUGUUAAAUUUACUAGGUUUGUUCUUGAGAGAAUCUAAAUCAGAAAAGAAAACUCAAUGAAAAAAUAUUUGUACAUCAUUCCAUGUUACUCCGUAUUCCUUUCACAGAGAAGAAACUGAUCUUCUUCAAGUAUCAGCUUUAUCAUCAUUAAAGCUGAUAUUUUAUAUUCUUCAAGUAUCAGCUUUAUCAUCAUUGAAUAAAUUGUAUUUUUUAUUUAUUCGAAUAAUUUGACCAUUUGCUGUGUGAUACAUUUUUAUGCUAGGCCUAUUAUUAUUAGAUGUGAGAUAUUUCUACGAUUUUUCCAAUAUAUUGAGUCAAAACUAAAAGUCUGGUAGCAAUAUUGUAAUACAUUUUAUGAUAAUAAGAUGCGUUUUCAAGAUUUUCAAAUUGUGCUGAAGAAUGUACUAAACAGGAUUUGCUAUGUAUGUAUAAAGUAAGAUUGUUGUUUUUCUUUAUCAUUUCAUUUUUCUAUUCGAUAGAUAGAUUCGAAGUUAGAUAUUUAAUUUUAAUGCUCUUGUUUUUAUAGUUGAAAUUUUCUUCUCUUUCACUUGACACUUACUCUUGUAAAUUAGAUAAUAAGUAAUUUAAAUCCUUGAAAU